AAAUCGGUUAUGUGUGGAAGUGUAGAUCGUGCGGGAAAAUAUUGCUCCGUAUGUAGUUGAAUGUUUUGAUCAACAAAGUGGUGUACAGAUUAAAGAUUCUCUCUUUUUGAAUGUUUUAUUUUCAGGACAAACCAUUUACCAUGGAUAUAUUUGCAGCAGUCAAAAAUUCCAGUGACCUGAAGAAGCUAACCGCGGAUGAGGAAGGGUUGGUUCGUCUUUUGCUGGAAGCUGAACUUUUGCCGCCAACACAACAAUGCAGCAAGUGCAAGAGGCAAAUGAAACUGAAGGUAACCAAGCGCUCCAAUGCUUGCAAAUGGAUUUGCAAGCCUACAUCGAGCUGCACCGGCUGGGAAUGUACUGUCCGCACGGAUAGUACUUUCAAAAAUUCGAGGCUGUCUCUAUCCCAGUUGAUGGAGAUAACCUUCUAGUGGUCUCGGAAUACGACGCGGAUGGUUGCGGAAGCUGAAUGUGCAGCCGGUAAUUUAUUUUUAGUAUUUUUUUCAAUCAGUCGGUUUCGAUAAAUUUUUUGUUUUGUUUUAUUUUUAUUGUAGGUAAGACAGCCAUUCUAAAAUGGUUCAAAAUACUCCCACCGACAACAGAUCGCAGGCGAAGGGCUCGCUAUGGAGAUCGACGAGUCCGUCAUUACCAAACAGAAGUACCACAGAGGACGGAUCGCGGACAACAACCAGGUUUGGCUGGUCGGUGGUAUAUGUCGGGAGACAAUAGAGAUUUUUCUGGAGCUGGUUCAGAAACGCGACGCUGGCAACUUGCAGGGCAUCAUUAUGAACAAUGUGGCCCCCGGAACGACAAUUGUGACGGAUGGUUGGCGUGCCUACAUCGGAUUAGACGGAAAAGGCUAUGAGCACGAGAUGAUAAACAAUUCCGAAAAUUUUGUCGACCCAAGCGUUCCAUUAGUACACACACAGACCAUCGAGAAUUCAUGGCGCUGGGUCAAGCCCUUUUUAAGAUCUAAAGGCACAAACCGGGGAGCAUUGAUUGAAUAUAUACGCGAGUACCAGCUUAAGCGAGCCCAGCCUAACAAUUUCAUUACCAUCUUGCGUGCCAUCCAAUCAGUUCAGGAGUUUGAGUAA